CAAUGGUUAUAUGGAAGAAGAGUGGACACAUUCUUAACACCAUUUAGAGAUAAUGAUACAUGCAUUCACUGUGGCACCGGGCAUCUUGAUGACCAUGAACGAGAGUAAGAAUGUGACCUGUGAAAUAUCCUAUGAAGAUGACCGCGUUCCUCUGAUGGUGCUCUACAUUGUGGUUUUUAUCAUCGGCCUGCCAGCCAACCUGGUCACGGUCUACCUCACCCUCCACCAGGUGUGUCGUAAGAACGUCCUCGGCAUCUACCUGCUCAGCCUGUCUGUGUGCGACCUCACCUACCUCUUCACGCUGCCUUUGUGGACGGUGUACAUCAAUCAAAACCACGUGUGGCCCUGGAGCUCCUUGGCCUGCAAAGUGACUGGCUUUGUAUUCUUCAACAACAUGUACAUCAGCAUCUUCCUGCUGUGCUGCGUGUCCAUCGACCGCUAUGUGGCGGUGGUCUACGCUAUCGAGUCUCGGGGCCUUCGCCAGAAACGCAUCGCAGCUCUUGUGGCGUUCUCGAUCUACAUGGUUGUGGGCUUGGGUCACACGCCUGUCUUCAUCAUGUCUGAAGGCAAUGCUGCCGAAGGAAAACGCCGUUGCUUUGAGCCCAGCCAGAGCUCAGCAAUAGUUACGGGAUUCAGCUACGCUCGCGUUUGCAUCGGCUUUUUUAUCCCCCUUGCCAUCCUGAUCUUCACCAAUAGAGCCAUUCUUGCCAACGUUCAGGCCAGUACGAGCCUCCAGCCUCAUCAGAAAGAGAAGGUGCGCUACCUGGCUGUGGCUGUGGUGGCGUUGUUUUUGAUCUGUUUCGCUCCGUACCACAUUAUCUUGCUGCUGCGCGCCAUCACCUUCCACUUCCCCAAACUGCAAAAGGAUUGUCACUUUGAACAGCACAUCUACACGCCCUACAAAAUCUCCUUAGGAUUGUCGACAUUCAACAGCGCCUUCAACCCCAUUCUCUACGUGCUCUCCAGCAACAAUAUCCGUCAGGAGAUCAGAAGAAGCAUGGCGUCGCUGUGUAACAAAGUCAGCUUGAGUCAGUGCUCGACGCACAGCAGCCAGCACAACAUGCACAGCUCCAAAAGCAAUUCAGACCCCGUCCCAACAAAGGGCGGUCAAAUGAGGACAACUUGUCCCACUGCAUGCUAAAAUUUUAGAUGCAUUGGACAUUUUUUGCUUAUAAAGUUGUUUGCUUAUAUUGAAUGAUCAAUACAACAACAACUUGAAGUUGGACAGAUCUU